AUGAAAGAUGUAGAAAAUCUGACUGAUGAAGAAGAGUUAGAAAAACUAAAGAGGUUUAGUCUUGAGAAAAAACUGAUAGACAACCUGAUAACAUAUUGGAAGACUGUUAAGGGCUAUGAUAAAAGACACACUGAUCAAUUGUUCUCCAUGUUCACUAAAGAAACAGAUCUGAUUAACCAAUCAAUUUACUUCCUUGCUGCUGUUUGGCAUUCUCACAGUGAACAUCUUUCCACCAUAGAAAAAGACACCAAUGGAGAUACUCUCUGGGUAUGGUGUUAUCCUUCCACAACAGCUGAAAUGAGGGAUCUGUUGCUGAGAAAAUGCUGCCUUACAGAUGAAAAUAAAUUGCUUCACACCUUUGUAUUUGGCCAGUAUAGAAGAUCGUGGUUCUAUAUCACAACAGUGGAAGUUCAAGAUUCUUCAGUUUUGGAAAAGGUGACUCACUUUUCUAUUGUUCUGACUGCCAAAGAUUUUAAUCCGGAGAAAUAUGCAGCCUUCACUAGGAUAUUGUGUAGAAUCUACUUGAAGUAUGGGAGUCCAGUUAAAAUGAUGGAGAGUUAUAUUGCAGUUCUUACAAAGGGGAUCUGCCAGAGUGAAGAAAAUGGAUCUUUUCUCAGCAAAGACUUUGAUGCACGAAAAGCUUACCUCGCAGGUUCAAUCAAAGAUAUAGUAUCUCAGUUUGGCAUGGAAACAGUUAUUCUAUUCACUGCACUGAUGUUAAAGAAAAGAAUUGUUGUAUAUCACCCUAGAAUAGAAGUCAUCCAGGAGUUUACCAGGACUCUGCCUGCUUUAGUGUGGCAUCGACGGGACUGGUCAAUUCUUCAUUCAUAUGUUCAUUUACAUGAUGAUGAACUGGAAGCAUUAAAGACCUGCACAGGUUACAUUGCUGGAUUUAUAGACUCCAAAGUGAGCAAUAGACCGGAUCUAUAUGAUGUGUAUGUGAAUUUGGCAGACAGUGAAAUUACCAUUUCCCAGCAAGCGAAAGAUGCAAUGACUAUGGGAAAAUUGCAUAAAGAAAUUGGUCAACUCAUUGUUCAGUCUGCAGAAGAUCCAGAUAAAUCAGAUAGUCAGGUCAUUAAGGAUAUUUCACUGAAGACAAAAGAAAUCUUGACUAAUCUGGCAUCAUUUACUGAAGUGUCUGAUGAUGGUGAGAAACCAACACUUAACUUUGAAGCUCUAAAACAAAAGCGAUAUCCACCAGCUACAGAAAACUUUCUUUAUCAUCUAGCAGCUGCUGAACAAAUGCUUAAGAUCUGACUUCGUUGAUAAACUUCAGUGUUGUGGACCAAUAUGAAAUUAUUCCCUUUACUAUAAAAUUAGGACUAUCUACUACUUAUAUAAAAAAAUAAAAGUAGCAAAGAAAAUGUUACAUUUUCAAUGAUGUAAUGCAAAAUACAGACAUUUCACAUGUAACAUGCAGCUAGCUGCACAUUUGGAAGUAUUUCUAGUCUUUUUACUUUUCCUUGACUCUGACUUUAUAUACACAAGGACAGAUACUCAAAAACAUGUGAGUUGGGCACCUGACUCUUGUUUGUGCCUUUGACAUCUUCCCCCUUACUCUUGGAGUACUAUAACAUUUUAAAACUGGACAUACUAGUAUAAACAAAUUGAAAUCAGACACAUCGACAAUAAUAUUGAAAACUGGAUAUGGUUAGAGCAGUAAAAAUGUACCUAUUUGUUUUGUUGCAUAGCCAUAAAGUGACAGUUUUUCAAUAAGCAGUCUGAAACUAACUUUGCUUUGUAAUCUUCUGGGAAGAACUUAAAUUCCUUGUAAGGAAACCUACUUUCUGAGCCAAACAUCCAAUGUUUCUGCAGAAAUGUCCAUGAAAUCAGUCAAAAGAUUCUGCAGUAGCACUUUUAUUUAAAAAAAUGGAUCUCUUUUUCCUGGCCUUUGCACAGAUGGUGAUAGCAUGUGGUUUUACAUAGAGAUUUUAUACUUAUGAUCAACAAUUUAGUAAUCCAUAUUUAUACUAUUAAAAAUUGAAUGUUUGGUAUCCUGAAGCUGUUAGAACUCAUAAUUAUGUACAAGCAAUAUUAAUUUGAGAAUGUUUUGUGUUUAUGUAUUGUAAACUAAGGAAAACUAUUUUAGAAUAUGGAUGAGGAAUUAGGUAUCUAUAUAUAAAAUAGCUACUUACUACAGUUAGUCUGAGAGAAUUACUGCUAUAAUCCCCUAUUUUCAGGGGUGUAUAAUCCUACUUCGAAAAUUUACUUGACAGAAGCUUUGCAGUUAGUCUAGACUCAGAAGCAUUUUUUAAAUGAAUAAUACCUGAAUUAUGUUUUCUUAUCAGCACUCUUAACUUUUUUCCAUUUGUAUAACUUAACGGGUAUUUUUAAUGGUCCAGAUAAGUUUAAAGGUCAUACAAAAAGAAAUGCAAUCAGGGCCUGAUCCUUAAAUCCAUUGAACUUAGUCUUUCCAUUGAGUUCAACAUGCUUUUGAUAAGGUCUUGAACAUCUCGAGAGAUUUUGUCUGUGGGUUUCUCAAAAAGAAAAAUGCAAGCUUUAUUACAGCAACAUGAAAUAAUAUGCAUAGUUUAGAAUAACUCACAAAAAAGCAGAGUUCUCAUUUGCCAACUAAAUAUUUGAUAUUAUUUUAUGUUCUUAAGAGACUCUGUAGUUGCACAUUUCCUUAUUGUUUGUCUUGGACUUUUCAUUCUAAUGUUUUUAUAUGAAAACAAAUGAAACUUAAUUUUGCACUUCAGGAAUGUAUACCCAUAGUAAUGUUAUGCCUAUAAAAAUUAUGAUCUUAUUUUUUCCUGAACCCCCUGCUUUGUGUAUUUCAUGUAAAUUGUGCAUGGAUGGUCAUGGUCAUCAUAAGUCAAAGGCUUCCAUUCUUAAAUUAUAAUAAAAAAUAGAAAUAUUUAGUAA